AAUGCUUCUUUUACUUUUAAGUCUCUGAAUAUUCAAAGUAUAUCUUUUGUUUUCAAAACUUUUGCAGAAUUGUCUUCAAGCUUCCAAAUUUCAGUUAAAGGUUGAGACUUUGCAGAGUUUUCCUCAAAAGGUUCUGACUUUGUGGUAAAGGUCUUAACUUUGGCGAUGGUUCUUGACGGAAACAAUGGUGGAGGGGUUUGGUUAGGUGGUGGUGGAGAAAGAGAAGAGAACGAGGAAGGUUCUUGGGGUAGGAAUCAAGAAGAUGGUUCUUCUCAGUUUAAGCCUAUGCUUGAAGGUGAUUGGUUUAGUAACCAAACACAUCCACAAGAUCUUCAAAUGUUACAGAAUCAACCAGAUUUCAGAUUUCUUGGUGGUUUUCCUUUUAACCCUAAUGAUAAUCUUCUUCUUCAACACUCUAUUGAUUCGUCUUCUUCUUGUUCUCCUUCUCAAGCUUUUAGUCUUGACCCUUCUCAGCAAAAUCAGUUCUUGUCGGCUAAUAACAAGUCUUGUCUUCUCAAUGUUCCUUCAUCUGCAAACCCUUUUGAUAAUGCUUUUGAGUUUGGCUCUGAAUCUGGUUUUCUUGGUCAAAUCCAUGCUCCUAUUUCGAUGGGGUUUGGUUCUUUGACACAAUUGGGGAACAGGGAUUUGAGUUCUGUUCCUGAUUUCUUGUCUGCUCGGUCGCUUCUUGGGCCAGAAAGCAACAACAACAAUACAAUGUUAUGUGGUGGAGGAGGUGGAUUCACUGCUCCAUUGGAGUUAGAAGGAUUUGGAAGUCCUGCAAAUGGCGGUUUUGUCGGGAACAGAGCGAAAGUUCUGAAGCCUUUGGAGGUGUUAGCAUCGUCUGGUGCACAGCCUACUCUGUUCCAGAAACGUGCUGCUAUGCGUCAGAGCUCUGGAAGCAAAAUGGGAAACUCGGAGAGUUCGGGAAUGAGGAGGUUUAGUGAUGAUGGAGAUAUGGAUGAGACUGGAAUCGAGGUUUCAGGGUUGAAUUAUGAGUCUGAUGAGCUAAAUGAGAGCGGUAAAGCGGCUGAGAGUGUUCAGAUUGGAGGAGGUAAGGGUAAGAAGAAAGGAAUGCCUGCUAAGAAUCUGAUGGCUGAGAGGAGAAGGAGGAAGAAGCUUAAUGAUAGGCUUUAUAUGCUUAGAUCAGUUGUCCCCAAGAUAAGCAAAAUGGAUAGAGCAUCAAUACUUGGAGAUGCAAUUGAUUAUCUCAAGGAACUUUUACAAAGGAUCAAUGAUCUUCACAACGAGCUUGAGUCAACUCCUCCUGGAUCUUUGCCUCCAACUUCAUCAAGCUUCCAUCCGUUAACGCCUACACCGCAGACUCUUUCUUGCCGGGUCAAAGAAGAGUUAUGUCCAUCUUCUUUACCAAGUCCUAAAGGCCAACAAGCAAGAGUUGAGGUUAGAUUAAGGGAAGGAAGAGCAGUGAACAUUCAUAUGUUCUGUGGUCGUAGACCGGGUCUCUUGCUCGCUACCAUGAAAGCUUUGGAUAAUCUUGGAUUGGAUGUUCAGCAAGCCGUGAUCAGCUGUUUCAACGGGUUUGCAUUGGAUGUCUUCCGCGCUGAGCAAUGCCAAGAAGGACAAGAGAUAUUACCUGAUCAAAUCAAAGCCGUGCUAUUCGAUACAGCAGGGUACGCUGGUAUGAUCUGAUCUAAUCCUGAGUUCGAGUCCAUUAAGCAUCUGUUGAAGCAGAGCUAGAAGAACUAAGUCCCUUUAAAUCUGCAGUUUUCUUCUCAACUUUUUUUUUUCUUAACUUCAAUUUAAGCAUGUAAUGCAAUUGCAAAUGAGAGUUGUUUUAAUUAAGCUUUUGAGAACUU